GUAAACACAUCAGAGGAAAUAAACCAAACACCCAACUCCUAACACUUUCUCUCUCUAGAAGCCUGCAUUUAAAGACCCACCACUUGCUGUAGGUCUCUAGCGUGUUGAAGUCAAAAGUAGCCAUUUCUCUCUCUCUCUCUCUCUCUCUAUUGCUUCAUCUUCAUUGAUCGUCAACUAAAAAUGGCGACAACCAGAAAACCCCAUCUUGUAUUCUCUCUGAUUCCUCAAGGGUUUUAUUGAUUUUUUGAUUAAAAGCACACUUGCUCCUUCCUUCUCUCGGUACCAAAAAAAAAACAUCACAAAAGCUUCUUCCUUUAUUUUUGUCUCUGUACUUGAAAUGCGUGUGUGGGUGGUUGUCAUCGUCCUAACAGAGCUGCUACUAUGCUUUCUCUGGGCCUCGGAAUCUCAGACCCUCCUCACGUGCCACCCGCGUGACCUCGAGGCCCUGCGUGACUUCAUAUCCAAUCUCAAACCCAAACCAGACGAUUGGUCCAUCAACGACGAUUGCUGCAACUGGACCGGAGUCACCUGCAACAACAACAACAACAACAACAACUCUUCUCGCGUCACCAAACUCGAGCUCGGGAACAAAAAGCUGUCGGGGAAACUGUCCGAAUCUCUAGGUGCGCUAGAUCAGAUCACGGUCCUCAACCUCUCACGCAACUUCAUCAGAGACUCGAUCCCUCUCUCCAUAUUCAACCUAACCACUCUCCAAACCCUCGAUCUGAGCUCCAACGAUCUCUCCGGAGAGAUCCCUCCGAACACCGUGAACCUCCCUUCCCUCCAAAGUCUCGACCUUUCCUCCAACAAACUCAACGGCUCCCUCCCUUCCCACCUCUGCCUCAGCUCUCCUCGAAUCAGAGUGAUAAAACUCGCCGUUAACUACUUCGCCGGAGACUUCCCUCCCGGGCUCGGAGACUGCCUCCUCCUAGAGCAUCUCUGCCUCGGCAUGAACAACCUCACCGGUAUCAUCCCUCGAGAUCUCUUCCGUCUCCAAAGGCUAAACCUUUUAGGUCUUCAAGAGAAUCGUCUCUCUGGUCCGUUGAGUCCUGAGAUCGGUAACCUCUCUGCUCUCGUUCGUCUCGAUGUUUCGACUAACCACUUCUCCGGUUCGAUCCCCGACGUGUUCGGGGAGAUGACUCGGUUGAAGGAGCUCUUAGCUCAAUCCAAUAGAUUCACCGGAGGGAUCCCUAGUUCGUUAUCGAACUCGCCCAGUUUGAAUCUGCUUAACUUGAGGAACAACUCCUUAACCGGUCUUUUGCGAUUGAACUGCACGGCGAUGGUUGGUUUAAACUCUCUCGAUUUAGGUACUAACCGGUUUAACGGCCGGUUACCUGAGAAUCUCCCGGUUUGCAAACGGUUAAAGAACGUUAACCUCGCUCGCAACUCCUUUGGCGGACAAGUCCCCGAGAGUUACAAGGACUUCCAGAGCCUCUCUUUCUUCUCCUUAUCCAACUCGAGCUUGUCAAACAUAUCAUCAGCUCUCAGGAUCCUUCAAAGCUGCAAGAACUUGACCACUCUCGUUCUCACGUUAAACUUCCACGGAGAGGCUUUACCACCUGACGGAGACGCGACUCCUCUUCGUUUCGAGAAGCUCAAGGUGCUUGUGGUUGCGAAUUGUAAACUUACCGGUUCGAUACCGAGAUGGUUAAGCUCGAGUAAUGAUCUUCAGUUACUGGAUCUUUCGUGGAACCGGUUAACCGGAGCUAUACCGAGCUGGAUAGGUGACUUCAAGGAUCUUUUCUACUUGGACUUAUCCAACAACUCUUUCACAGGAGAGAUCCCAAAGAGCUUAACUAAACUCCAGAGCCUCACGAGCCGUAACAUCUCGUUAGACGAGCCGUCUCCUGACUUCCCUUUCUUCAUGAAGAGGAACGAGAGCGCCAGAGGUUUGCAGUACAAUCAGAUCGUCGGCUUCCCGCCGACGAUCGAGCUUGGUCACAACAACCUCUCUGGACCUAUCUGGGAGGAGUUCGGCAAUCUCAAGAAGAUUCACGUGUUUGAUCUCAAGUGGAACUCGUUGUCUGGCUCCAUCCCUAGCUCGUUGUCCGGUAUGACUAGCUUGGAGGUUCUUGAUCUUUCUAAUAACCGUCUCUCCGGUUCGAUCCCGAGCUCUCUUCAGAAGCUCACUUUCUUGUCCAAGUUCAGUGUAGCUAGUAACAAUCUCUCUGGGAGGAUACCUUCGGGUGGUCAGUUUCAGACGUUCCCGAACUCGAGCUUCGAGUUUAACGAUCUAUGCGGGGAGCACAGGCUCCCCUGUUCCGGAGAUGAAGUGAACGGAACAACGACAUUGAUCAUGCAUUCGAGAAGAAGAAGAAGCAGAGGAGCUGAGAUUGGGAUGGCAGUUGGGAUCGCGUUUGGUUCGGUCUUCCUUCUCACUCUUCUCACUUUGGUCGUGUUGCACGCGCGUAGAAGGUCAGUGGAAGUUGAUCCGGAGAUGGAAGAAGAGAACAUGAACAUUAAAGAAGUGGAAGAGAUGGGGUCUAAGCUUGUGGUUCUGUUUCGAAACAACAACAACGAUAAAGAAGAUCUCUCCUUUGAUGAUAUUCUUGACUCCACAAACAACUUCGACCAAGCUAAUAUUAUUGGAUGCGGCGGGUUCGGUCUGGUUUACAAGGCGGUGUUACCAGACGGAAGCAGAGUAGCCAUCAAAAGGUUAUCAGGAGACUGCGGUCAGAUCGAGAGAGAGUUCAAAGCAGAAGUCGAAACACUCUCGAGAGCGCAGCAUCCGAAUCUUGUCCUCCUCCAAGGGUUCUGUUUCUACAAAACCGACAGGCUUUUGAUCUACUCUUACAUGGAGAACGGAAGCUUGGACUACUGGCUACACGAGCGCAACGACGGUCCAGCUCUGCUGGGUUGGAAAACACGUCUUAGGAUCGCUCAGGGCGCUGCGAGAGGGUUGUUUUACUUGCAUGAAGCUUGUGAUCCUCACAUCUUGCACCGUGAUAUCAAGUCCAGCAACAUUCUUCUCGACGAGAACUUUGAUUCUCAUUUAGCGGACUUUGGACUCGCGAGGCUGAUGAGUCCUUACGAUACGCAUGUGAGUACUGAUUUGGUUGGGACUUUGGGUUACAUUCCUCCUGAGUAUGGACAAGCUUCGGUUGCUACGUUUAAAGGUGAUGUGUAUAGCUUUGGAGUUGUGCUUCUUGAGCUUUUGACUGAUAAGAGACCGGUGGAUAUGUGUAAACCCAAGGGAGGGAGGGAUUUGAUCUCGUGGGUUGUGAGGAUGAAGAGUGAGGGUCGAGCUAGUGAGGUUUUUGAUCCGUUUAUUCAUGGUAAAGAGAUUGAAGAAGAAGAGAUGUUUAGGGUUCUUGAGGUUGCUUGUUUGUGUUUGAGCCAUAACCCGAAACAGAGACCAACCACUGAACAGUUAGUCUCUUGGCUUGAUGAUGUCUAGAUCCUCUCUUUGCAGAGAUUACAGUGUGAUACAAUGUGAAUAGUUUCUAAAGAAUAAUUUGUUUCUUCA